GUGAUGUGGUUUGGGGACGGCAAGUUCUCAGUGGUCUGUGUGGAGAAGCUGCUGCCGCUCAGCUCCUUCGCCAGCGCCUUUCACCAGGCCACCUACAACAAGCAGCCCAUGUACCGCAAAGCCAUCUAUGAGGUGCUGCAGGUGGCAAGCAGCAGAGCAGGGAAGAUCUUCCCGGCAUGCCCUGAGAACGAUGAGACGGAUACCUCCAAGGUGGUGGAGAUCCAGAACAAGCAGAUGAUUGAGUGGGCCCUGGGUGGCUUCCAGCCCUCUGGCCCCAAGGGCCUGGAGCCCCCUGAAGAGGAACGAAACCCCUACAAAGAAGUUUACACAGAGAUGUGGGUAGAGCCAGAAGCAGCUGCCUAUGCACCACCCCCACCUGCCAAAAAACCCAGGAAAAGCACAACAGAGAAGCCCAAGGUCAAGGAGAUCAUUGAUGAGCGCACCCGAGAGCGGCUUGUGUAUGAGGUCCGGCAGAAAUGCAGGAACAUUGAAGAUAUCUGCAUCUCCUGUGGGAGCCUCAACGUGACCCUGGAGCACCCUCUAUUUAUAGGAGGAAUGUGCCAAAACUGCAAGAACUGCUUCUUGGAGUGUGCGUACCAGUACGACGAUGAUGGCUACCAGUCCUACUGCACCAUCUGCUGUGGUGGCCGCGAGGUGCUCAUGUGCGGCAACAACAACUGCUGCAGGUGCUUCUGUGUGGAGUGUGUGGACCUGCUGGUGGGCCCAGGGGCAGCCCAGGCAGCCAUCAAGGAGGACCCCUGGAACUGCUACAUGUGCGGCCAUAAGGGUGUCUAUGGGCUGCUGCGGCGGCGGGAGGACUGGCCCUCACGCCUCCAGAUGUUCUUUGCCAACAACCACGACCAGGAGUUUGACCCACCAAAGGUGUACCCGCCUGUGCCAGCUGAGAAGAGGAAGCCCAUACGGGUGCUCUCGCUCUUUGAUGGCAUUGCCACAGGCCUGCUGGUGCUGAAGGACCUGGGCAUCCAGGUGGACCGCUACAUCGCCUCUGAGGUGUGCGAGGACUCCAUCACUGUCGGCAUGGUGAGGCACCAGGGCAAGAUCAUGUACGUCGGGGACGUCCGAAAUGUCACCCAGAAACAUAUACAGGAGUGGGGUCCAUUUGACCUGGUCAUUGGGGGGAGCCCCUGCAACGACCUCUCCAUUGUCAAUCCAGCCAGGAAGGGGCUCUAUGAGGGCACCGGGCGGCUCUUCUUUGAGUUUUACCGCCUGCUCCAUGAAGCCCGGCCUAAGGAGGGUGAUGACCGGCCCUUCUUCUGGCUCUUCGAGAAUGUGGUGGCCAUGGGGGUGAGCGACAAGAGGGAUAUCUCGCGCUUCCUAGAGUCCAACCCUGUCAUGAUUGAUGCCAAAGAAGUGUCUGCAGCACACAGGGCACGGUACUUCUGG